CAGAAACUGUUUUUACGGCGCUUGGAAAAAAAAAUAAAAAGCCAAAAAAAUCUCCAUUUUUUAUCGGAGCUGUACCGUUUUUUAUCAAACCUGUCGCAAACUGAGCAGGGACAGGCAGAGGAAAUACACAAUAGAACUGUACAAUAAAGCGCCAUGGCUAGGAAGAAGAGCAAGCAGGCGGGAGCGGGGCAGAAGGAGGACCCGCAGCAGCAGCAGCAGCAGCGGAGCGCCGCGGAGAAGAAGGCCGACGGAGCUGCAGCCGGAGGCGGAGACGCGGGACUAGACCGCCCGGCGAGGACUAGCCAGUCCAUGCACACCUGCUGUUUGCUGUGCCAUCGGGAGUUUAAGGACUGGGGAGCAGGCCUGGCCAACGGGCUCCCCAGCCAUGGGUCCAAACUGGCGGAGGCUGUACCAGCUCUCUCCCAGGCACUGUUAAGGGAGGUCCCGGGCCGCAAGCUAGCGGACGCUGUGCCCUCGCUAUCGCAGUCACUGCUGGGAGAAGUCCCCCUCUGGAUAUGCCAGAGUUGCCGGAAGAGUGUGGAGGAAGAGGAGAGGAGGACAGCGCAGGAGCAGAGUGCACCAGUGCCGUUGUCCCACUCUUCGUCAUGUAAGUCGCAGAACUGUGGGAAUGGUUACCCAGAGCAGAGCUCUGUAGACUGGGACCCCAGCUCCUUCCUGUCGGCCCGAAAGCUGUCAGGCCUCUGGAACUCUGCUCACUCGAACACGGGAGCUCACUGCACCCAUGGUGCUGGUACUCAUUCUCAGCAAGCAGGCGGGACGGCGGGACCAACCUGUCAUGAGAAAAGAUCCUCUCACGAGGCAUCUGGGACCAAAAUAUGUCCCUACAGUCACCCAGCUUCCCCCAGUCUCAGUGCCACGUCCCCUGUUACUCCACUGUCUACCUCCGCCGAGCUUUGCAAGACCACCCCCAAGCACUUCAAAACCAUGUGCAGGCGACCAACUCCUCCAGGUGAGGCGUUCCACCCGAGUGAGCACCACCAGUCUGCAGACCUAUCAGUGCCGCCCAACAGCCCUACGGGCCUCUCUUCCCAGAACUCCACUCUGCUGCCUGCCACCAAGCCCACCUCUAGUCAACAUGUCCACGUCAACACGUCUGCACACGCUCCAUUUUCCCCACUGGCACCAAACCUGGCUGCUGGCGCCAAGCACUCGGGUGGGCCGGACAGCCCAGCCACCCUGCAUAAGUCCAGCACUUGCAAAAAUGCUCACAUUCCGCCCACCGGUGCCCAGCAUGGGAAAGUGGGCUCCUCGCUGCUGGGCUGCAGCCACCCCUGCAACGGGCACAACAACAAUGGCAGCAGUGGCACUGUACCAUCAUCCAAUGCAGCUCAUCUAACGUCCACUGCUUGCAGGGACCAAGCGUGUAAAGGGCACAAGCUGGUGAACGGUUCAUCAUGUCAGCAAGCGGUGUGUGAGCCAGAAGAAGGGGAGGAUGAAGACAGCAGCUCAGAGCGCAGCUCCUGUGCCUCCUCAUCCACCAAUCAGCGUGACGGAAAAUAUUGUGACUGCUGCUACUGCGAGUUCUUUGGCCAUAAUGCGCCACCUGCAGCCCCCACCAGUCGGAAUUAUGCAGAGAUCCGAGAGAAGCUUCGGUCCCGGCUGACUCGCCGUAAAGAAGAGUUGCCUCAGAGGCAGGACCUGGACCCAGCCACACCCAGCGCGAUCGACCACCGCGACGUGGACGAGCUACUAGACUUUAUCAAUAGCACCGAACCCAAGCCAGUCAACAGCGCCAAGGCAGCCAAACGUGCACGGCACAAACAGAAGAAGAAGGAGAGGGAGCGUGCCCUCCAGGGUGCAGUGGAGACAUCCUGCACUGAGCAGCGAUCCUCUUCUCCCCAAGAGCCAGCAGAGGAAGAGUCUGCCCCGGAUGGUGAAGCAGGUCGUCUGCUGGAAUGGCCUCAGCUGGAGCUGGAGCGCGUCAACAGCUUUCUCACCUCCCGCCUAGAAGAGAUCAAGAACACCAUUAAAGACUCCAUAAGGGCCUCCUUUAGCAUGUACGAUCUUAACUUGGAUGUCAACGACUUCCCUAAGAAAGCUGCCACGCUGGAGGGCAACCACCUGCUGUCUCACCUCAAUGGCUCGUCCGACCUGCAGCAGAUUGACCUGGACUUAGCCCCACUUUCGCUGAAGAACUUCAAGAGAGAGCUGGAUACGCUACACAGUUGUAUGGACAGCGCCAAUAGCAGCAUCAACAGCAACACCACCUCUUUCAGUGCAGCCACGGCCAAAGAUGUCCAGCGGCUGCACACCACUCCCAGCCUCUCCAAGCUCAUCAGGGUCCGCUCCCCGGAAAGAGGCUCCCCACCCGGCUCUGAGGACACCACGCCCAACACAGCCCCCAUGCCCAAACCCAAAGACGAGGCCCCAGACUCCAAGAACGCCACAGGGGCCGGAGCCAAGACGAAGAAGGGCAAAAAACAGCAGCAUAGGCAGCAGCAACAAGACCAGGUCUCACAGGACCAGCUUGCUGUCUCCAAGUCUGCCAAAGCAACACCUGGAAACCAAGAGAAAACUCAAGAGGGCAGAGCAACUGAGGCAGAGAAGGGCCCCAGAGGAGGUUCGAAAGCGAGCCAGCAGAGUCAGCAGCAUGGGGAGACUCCAAAAACAGGGAAUAAAAAGACAGAGGAAGGCAAGUCCUCCAAACUUACUUCCAAUGGAACUGUGAAUGGGAACCAUCAUUCAGGUUCUAACUCGCACAAAGGAAAGAAUGACACUGACAUGAGAGGAAACAGAUUGGAGCACGAGGCAGAUGCCAAAACCAACUCCAACACUCCAGCAAACUCGAACUCCCAGCAGCAACAGUCAAAAGGAAAGAAUAAGAAGAACAAGAGCAAGAUGGACAACUCCAGUAUUGCAAUUGUAGAUGACGUGUUCCUUCCCCAAGACCUGGAUCCGACGGAAAUGGAUGAGAUCGAUCGCGAGGUCGAAUACUUCAAGAGGUUUUGCCUCGAUUCAGCUAAACAAACUCGACAGAAGGUGGCUGUGAACUGGUCCAACUUCAGCCUGAAAAAGACGCCCUCAGACGCAGCUCAGUAACACAUGAACGAUGGUUAAAAGAUGCCCCCAACUUUCUGACAAGACUGCUCAACACACGUGUGACUCACUGUAUUGAACACCUGAUUGGCCUAUGGCCACUUUACUCAACACUUGAUUGGCUGGACGUCACCCUGCUGUCUAUGCCCUCUUUAUCACUAAAGCCACGGGACCUCUGUCUACAUAAUCAUCCAUCAAAGCGUGUUUUUUUUUUUUUUUUUUUUUUUUUUUUUUUCCCCUUUUCAGUCGUACCUGAUGGUAGAGUGGGGUCACGUGCAAGCCUGCCUUCAGCCCCAUCUGUCUCUGUUGCAUUGGAGUGAUGUACCAAAAUGUGAUUUGGUUACUACUCCUGCAUUUCUUUACUUCAUUUGUAGUAUGUAAACAGUUAUUUUACAAUAAAAUAUUUUAAAUCAGAA